UUGCUGACAGAGCUGGGGUGGCCAAAAAAAGCCUGGUGUGCGAGCCAACAGUGGAAGCACAAGCAGGAGAGGAAAGCAAGCAGGAUCGUCGCUGAAAUGGCCACCAAACUUGUAGAUCUGGUGUAUUGGCGGAAAAUGAGGUGGACAGGUGUAGUAUUCACGGGGCUGGUGAUCAGUCUGGCCAGUAUGUUCCAGCUCAGUGCCAUCACCGUGCUCUCCCACAUCUGUCUGGGUGUCAUGUGUGUCACCUUCACCCUCCGUUUUUACUAUAAACUGCUGGAGCUGCUGCGCUGGAACCCCGGCGUCCACCCUUUCCAGUCGCAUCUGGAUCACGACAGCUCUCUGACAGAUAAGGAGACAGUGGUGCUGGUGGAGGAGGUGGUACUGCUGAUCGCAUUUGCCGUCACAGAGAUCAAACGGCUGAUUUUCAUCGAAAGCAUGAUCGACUCUAUUAAGUUUGUUCUGCUCCUGUAUCUGCUGACCUAUGUCGGCAUCCUAACCAGCGGACUGACUCUGGUGAUAACUGCUGUGAUCGCCGUUUUCUCCUUUCCUCUGUUGUACAAAAAGCAGCAGAUGCGGAUAAGGAGGAUGGUUAGAGCCGUCAAAGCUUUUGUAAAGAAAAUCAAAAACCUGUGCCUCAGUCUGUAUGGAUCAGUGAGACCCUCUUCCGCCCCUGCACCCGCCCCAAAACCUGCACCUGUAGCUGCACCUGCACCCGCCGCCAAACAGAAAGCCAAGUCAAAGUAACUUGUCGGUCGCAUGUUGAAAGCACCCAUUUGGGAUUUGGAAAAAUGUUGGAAUGGUACAUUCUCUGUGGGGCCGCUUUGAGGGGCCGCUCAUUUCCAUUUCUCCGCCGUGAUGUUUGUUCAUGGGAGCAAGUUUUAAUUGAUCCUGACAGCUGAAACAAAGCUGCCAUUCACUCACGGAGAAGGAGUGGAAGUGCAUGAGGAGAAGAAUUUUAUUUACUGAGAUGCUCUCUGUGGGCAGCGUUCAAUAUAACCAGUUCACAUCUACAUCAAGCAGGGACAGAAUAUCACUGUUUUUUUUUUCUUUGAUAACAGGUCUAUUUUUACAUAACCAGUGAGCACCGUGUUCCUGUUGAGCUGCAGAAUUAUUCAUAACGAAGCAGUGAAGCAUUAUUGCUGCUUUCAUUAAGUAGCAUCAUACAUUGUUGGCUGGAUAGAAUAAAUCUGACAGGAACAUCCCCUGCCAUUAAUUAACUUUAAUGAUUUUGCGCUUGCUACAUCAAAGUAUUAGCAAAAGCUUUUUAAGCAGCAACACCUUACAACUUUUAUGAGACUUACAUGAGAAAUAAUGACAGAAUUGUCCUCUGCUCUUCAUACAAAUUGUAGUUAAUCAGGUACAAACAGUGACUUCCUGCUCUUGGGGCAGUUUUGUGAUUAAAGGUACAACAUGCAGGAAUGAAACAACUCUUAACAAGUGAGAGCAACUUCAACUGUCCAGCAUUAACUCCAAAAUUGGACUAAUUAAUGGCACAAAAAGAUGCCGCUUUAUGGCACAAAACACCAAGCAAUUUUUACUUUGCAGAAAAGAGAACUUUAUUUCUGCUCUCAUAUUUUAACAGCGUGUUAAAACUUGCAAUUUUUUUGCCCACUCGGGCACCAACAAGCUGUGAACACUAACCGCCUAAUGAAUAUAAGUUCAAUAUUUAGUUCAUCUAGUUGUGGAAAGGAAAACCCAAACUAUGGGCUGAAAGAUGCUAAAAUGCUGUGUAGAGCUAAACUGGCUGAUAAUUCUCUGUUGCUAUGAGCGACCCUUUCACAUAUAAGUAGUCAUGCAAUCUAUUGAUAAUGUAAAAAUAUUGAUUAUAGCUGCUUUAAGCUUGCCAGAAUGUUUUUGAUUUCUCAAGUUACUAUUUCAAACACUCCUGGAGCAAUGGGACAAGAAAUGCUACUUGGUUAUUGUUGCCUACACGAGUCUUAUAUCUUACAUAACUAUAACUAACAUAUAACUAACUAUCAUGAGGACAUACCGUACCACCUCCAGCCUGUUUCAGUUGCAUACCAGUGUGAACCAGUUGAACCAUAACCUGCCUUCAGAAGACAUUUCAGUAGAUAAAACUACAAUCCACACAUUUAAUACCAUUUGUAAAAUAUUUAUGGUCAUCAUGAUGAGAUGAGACAAAAAGCCAGUUACUUAAAUAAAGGAUUUGGACACAAAAUAGGUCAAUGGACUCAUUUUGUCUCACUUCCAAAAAUCAAACCAACAAAUGAAGCAGCAUCACACCAUGCCGCUGACAGCUUGUGAGGAGAAAAGUGCUUGAGGGGCAGUUUGUCGAGGAGGUGGAGGUCGCUGGCAAAUGACAUUAAAUUCCACACUAUUCUGUCUGUCAGGCAUUUCAUGGAAAUGUCAACAUCCUGUAUAAUAAUGGAGAUCACUCCUUUAGCAUCAACAAAAUUAAAUUUGACUCAAGAACUUUCUCUUUGAUAUUUUUUGUCAGUCCACAAUACAUAAAUUUAAUACUUCCAGAGAGUAUCUGUUUGCUGGCACAACUCCCAUGUCAACAUUUUCCAAAUCAACCAAGAAUGUGUUCAUUGAUUGUUUCUGAGAAUAACCAAGACACCAUCAAAUUACACAAAACACCUCAUGAAGCAAAAUCUAAAAUUCACUGUAACGCUACAUGGCUGCUUUUUUUUGUCGAAAGUCUAAAAACAAACCUGAACCAGUAAACUGUGAGCAGUUUUUUCAGUGCAGCUGGCGAGCUACUGUUAGCAUGUCAGAUGAAUGUUGGUGACCAUGUGGUGGUCGGUGUUUCAGACCUUGAAACAUAGCUGCACUCAUACUAGCAUGUCUUAAUGAACUGAAGUUAUUUACUGUCAUUUUACCUUAUGAGCCCAGGUUGAAGCAGCCUUCAAAUAGGACUUUUGGUAGCUUCAGUAUGUAAUGAAAAAAUAAAAUGGUCAUCACAGCUCAAUUAUUAAAAAAACAAAACUUUUUUAAUUUUUUUUAAUUUGCCCAGAACACUUCAACUGUUUUCAAAAGGACUAUUUCUUUGGUAGAAAGUAGUCCCCAUGAAAAUGCCCUUUAAAGAUGUAAUAGUAAUACAGACAGUAAUAUCUGUUUAAUUUUUCCUGCCUAUUUUGGCUUCUUGAUGUAGAAUUGGCAUCAUUAUGAUCUAUUUUUUCUAGGUGUAUGUCACUUAAUACAAUUGUAAAAUGUGCAAAAAAAUAAAAGUGUAAUCAUGAUGAGAAAGAUGCUGUAAGUGAGGCAUGACAGGGCUUAACCUACAUUGUGCUUUGUUUUUUUUCUGUUAUGGUUGCCACUUUCAUCUUUUGUUUUAGAUUGACUGAUUUCUAUAUGUAUUUACUAUUUUUUAUUAUUUCCUAUUGUCAUGUUGCUCCCCAAUAAAAGGUUAUUUACUAAAAUUGAA